AUGGGUGGCCUUAGGUCGCCUGGAGCUUCUGUGAUUAAGGGAGGAGUUGGGUGGCGGGAUGAGGUGCCGAGAAUGAGGGAGUUGAUCGGGGGUGGAGAUAUGGGCGAGAUGGAGAAGCGAUGGAGACUCAAGGCGGCUGGCUGCGUCGCGGCUAGUUCGAUGGUGUGGGUGAGGCGCUGGGCUCCAAAUGACGACUUAGGGCACGAUGACUUUGGCCGUGAUGAGGUAGCAAACCGAGGAAGGGGUGAUUUGGGGAAGGAAGGUGUGGUUUCCAAAAUGGUGGUGAGCGGUGAGUGGGCAACUAGAGUGGUUAGGCCCACUCGAGAUGUGUGA